AUUUCAUUAUUAGUCGAACCUUCGUGGCUUUUGGAAGUAAAACAGCUCUCCCACGUUGUGCGAGAAGUGAUAAAGCGAUUGUCUCUUGGAAAUACUUACAUACUUAUUGAAAGGAAGAGAAAAGUCAUAUUUCACACGCUAAAAUGGGAAAGGCAAAAAGACAAGAAACACCACCACCAGAAGACGAGCCAGAGGAAGUGGAAGAAGAAGUCAAAGAAGAGGAGGAACCAGAUAUAGAAGAAGAGCAAGAAGAACCAUUAUCAGAGGAUGAGGAAGGAGCAGAGAAAACCGUAUUUGAAUUGCUUCACGAAUUCAUCCGCAAGACCAACGAGUUUCUGAAUCAAUACAAUGAUAUGGUGGAAAAUCGAAUGCAGCAUCGGACUUUGUGGCUUAAGCGACUGAGUCCGUUGAGGGAGGCUCUAGUGACAUUUUUGAUACGGUACAUGCAAAAUCAGCUGCCACGAGAUGAUUACCUUUACGUGCACAUAAAAUGUUGUGGGGAUGAACGUAUCAACAAAGAAGAUUUCGCCAAACACUACACAGUUACCCACAAGAAAGCUGACGCGGAUGUCACGGUACCAGAGAUGCAACCACUUAUUGCCUACUAUAAAAGCCUCAGGAAAUAUCAGAUCAACGGAAGAGUGGUCAAUGAAGAUCUACUAUUUGCGAUGAGAAGACUGCUACGGAAAACGAAUAUGAUUCUGGGAGGAUACUAAGGAGCGCGAAAAAUUGUGUUGAAGUAUGUGUUAUGUAACUAAUUUCCAAGUUGCAGAACAAUAUCGCUUACUAGCAAACUACGAACUUUUUACGACUAAUAAAUCUUAAGUUUAAUGGAUUAAUAA